CUCCGCCUUUCUAAAAACCAAAAUCUCGCAAUUUCUGCAUCCAACCGGCAUACGUAUAUAUUUAAUACUAUCGUCCCAGCCAAGUAAGUUCUCUAGAGGAGCAGCCUGAUCGUACCAUUGUCAUUCUAUCCCAUCCAUUCUCUCACUCCAUAUUCUUCUCUCCCUUCCCCACUGGCCGACGGAUCAAACCAAGUGUGUGAAGCAACGACCUUAUAAAGCUUGCUUCCCCCUAUUCUUCCUUCUCUAUCCUCGUCGUUCGUGCUUCAGGAAUCCCAAACAAGACCCAAAGCCACCACUUUCUUACAAACCUUAACUUCCCCACUACCUACCGUCACUCAUCCCCAUCAAUAAAUCACAAUGUCUUCUGCUCGCACCUCCGAACAGGUGACCAACGGCCAGCCCCCAAGUUACCCCCACGCCCGCCGUGGCUCUCUGGGUCCAGGAACCUUGACCGACUUUUUCUCCACGAGUCGAGUUCCAACGACCUCAGCCUAUCCAGGCCCAAUCACCUCCGCCGCAGCCCAGGCAAACCGGCGAAGAUUGAGUAUGUCCAAUGCCUCUGGAACCUCUCCUCCACGGGUCCAAACAAACAUGUCGAUGCGAAGGGGAUCCAUCUCUUCGGUCUCGUCAGCCUCCUCCGCCGUAGAUGAGAGUGCCAUCGAAGAAGGCGAGGUCAAUGCUGGCAGUCCGUCCAGCCUGGGCAGCAGCCCAUUCGCCAGGAGGCUCAGCUUUGGAGCGAGGGCUCUCAGGGACGUUCGGAUUCCGCAAGGUAGAAACCCAGGGAAUUUCCCCGUAAGUGCGGGGGCAGCAUCCCCGACGGUGACAAGAGGCUUCUGGUUGGAUGGAAGGUCAGGAUCUCAAUCCCAGGGGUCUGACAGGGACGAGGCUCCCGUUCAACGCCGUCAAUCCAUCUCGGUCAUCCCACCACCAGUCAAUGCCAUCUCGCCUAAGGAUGCUCACGAUCCACUUCAAGAAAGGAUGCUCAAGGGUGAUUUCUACAUGGACUAACCCGCUCCCCACAACCCCACAACGCACACACAACCAACCACACACACGUACUUUCUUCUCACUUAGCCCUCAAUCGGGUCUUGUUUUAUCCUUUUUAUUUUCACUUUUUAUUGUGCAACAACUUUCGCUCCUUUCCCUGAAACGAAAUAACGAAUGAAACGACCGGCUGGGAACAAACAAGAAAAUUCACAGCGGAACUCAAAUCUGACACAAAAGAGCGGGUCCCGGCUUUCUUUCUUUUUUUCCUGGCGAUUAAAAAAAAAAACGGAGUAGUCGGGUACUGCCUCGUGAUGUAUAAAAUGCCCGGUUCUGGACGAAAAGCGGAGUUCACGGUCAUCGGUGACAUUUUUUUUGUAUCAUACAAAUAAUGGCGAUAUUUUCGACUCUGGGUUAGGUUGGGGGGAAGGAGGCCUUUUGCCUGGGACUUGGGUUGUACCGAGGAGGUUAGAUUCCCGGGUGUUGCUCCAGCUGACGGCCUGAGUGGUGGGAUGGUAGUUUUGUACAGUAUGAAAGGGGACCCUAGUCCAACACCCCUGGACUCAUGCGGAGCUGAGAGGAGAGGGGGGCGAGGCAGGGCAAAGCGGGGGGGGCCGAUCAAUGAUCGGAGAUGGUGGGGAGAAGAUAACACUCAUUUAUCAUUUCCAUUGGGUUACAAAUUAUCUUAUUUUUCUUCCCUUCUCACUUUGGGGUCAUCUGCUGUUGGUUUCACAAAGCUUUGGGCGCAGCAUCUGUAUCAAGUAGUUGUGAGCUUCUGUAUCGUACCUGCCGGUAUUGGUCUUUUUUCUCUGUUCA